UCUUAUUCUGAGGCCUGUGCUGAAAACUUCGUUGAGCAACACCGGUUACCAGAUAACAUAUCCACAGUAGAGCGAGACAGGUUCGACAAAAUCUUCUCAGAUCUGAAGAUAUGAAAACUUGAGCACAACACCAGCAGUUUUCCGGUGAAAAUGGCAAUAGGCGCUGUCGUUUCGCACCGGAAUUUCGGCUCCUUCAUCGGUUCAGGACGACUAUGUCAUGGAGAAGCAAAUACAGAAAGUAAAAGAGGUGGUCGCUUGAAAGUUGUUGCAAGGCAUGUAAAACUGCAUCAUCAUCCAUGUGGAAGCUUUUCCUCUGGCCAUGUAUAUCAUUCAUCUCUUCGUACUAGAGAUCUGCCAAACAGAGAGUUUUAUCGAUCCAAUUCAACAUAUUAUGUUAAAUUAGAUCCAUCUAUCUCAAUGUGCUGCCAGCUCAGCAAAAAAAUUAAUGCCGUCAAUGCUAGGAGAAGAAUUAGUGGGUUACACCGCUGCAGCUUUUCUCUACGUGAUGGCAACUGGAUUCAGCCGAGGAACUUGAAUAGUAUUGGCUUUAUUGAUGGUCAAAAGCUUACAUCAAAGCAUUCAAUAGUGACAAGGACCAGAGCAGAUUUCAAGUCCGAAGAGCAAGACAUAACGGGACCUAACCUGGAGUCACUAGCACCAACUGAGGGGAAUACUGAAGCUUUUAUAGUUGAAGAAGCCGAGCAAACAAAACCUUGGUGGGAGCAGAUCCCAAAGCGCCUGGUGAUGGUGCUCCUUUGCUUUGCUGCAUUUCUGUUGUGCAACAUGGAUCGUGUGAACAUGAGCAUAGCAAUUCUCCCGAUGUCAAAGGAAUUCAACUGGAACAGUGCAACAGUUGGUCUAAUUCAGUCCUCUUUCUUCUGGGGUUAUCUGCUUACACAGAUUCUUGGAGGUAUAUGGGCUGAUACAAUAGGCGGGAAGCGUGUACUUGGUUUUGGAGUAGUUUGGUGGUCAGUUGCUACGGUUCUGACACCUAUUGCUGCCAGAAUCGGGCUACCUUUCUUACUGGUUGUCCGCGCCUUCAUGGGAAUUGGCGAGGGUGUUGCUAUGCCUGCUAUGAACAAUUUGUUAUCAAAAUGGAUUCCCGUCUCUGAGAGAAGCAGAUCUCUUGCUCUAGUGUACAGCGGGAUGUAUCUUGGAUCAGUUACUGGUUUGGCCAUUUCACCCGUUAUGAUCCACAAAUUCGGAUGGCCGUCUAUUUUCUAUUCAUUUGGAUCACUUGGAAGUAUCUGGUUUGCACUAUGGUUGAGCAAAGUAAGGCCCACUUCUAUUCUGCCUCAAUUUCUGAUGGGGACUGAUGCUUUAAAAACCAGAGAAAGAGCCAUAGACUGGAUAUUAUCAUUUGCAUAUAGCUCGCCUAAAGAAGAUCCAACACUCAGUCCUGAGGAAAAAGAACUGAUUCUGGGAGGCAGCAUAUCGAAGGAACCUGUUUCCAAAAUCCCAUGGAAAAAAAUCCUAUCAAAGGCACCUGUCUGGGCCCUUAUUAUCUCCCAUUUCUGCCAUAAUUGGGGAACGUUUAUUCUUUUGACAUGGAUGCCUACUUAUUACAACCAGGUUUUGAAGUUCAACCUCACGGAAUCUGGACUGUUCUGCGUGCUUCCAUGGCUGACUAUGGCCGUGUUUGCUAAUAUCGGUGGUUGGAUUGCUGAUUCUCUCAUAAUGCAGUCAAUUGGGUUUUUAGGUCCAGCCUUUUUCUUGACGCAACUCAGUCAUGUCAAUACGCCUGCCGUAGCCGUGCUAUGCAUGGCAUGCAGUCAGGGACUGGAUGCAUUCUCACAAUCCGGAUUAUACUCCAAUCACCAAGAUAUCGGACCACGUUACUCGGGAGUACUGUUGGGUCUGUCAAAUACUGCAGGUGUACUUGCUGGUGUCUUUGGCACUGCUGCUACUGGAUACAUACUCCAAGAAGGUUCUUGGGACGACGUAUUCAAAGUGGCCGUUGGGUUGUACAUCAUAGGCACAUUAGUGUGGAAUUUCUUUGCGACCGGGGAGAAAAUUCUGGACUAGGUUAUAUAGAAUUAUACUACAAGUAAUUGUGUCAUUGUUAUGUUAAACCGGAAAUUCUAAGGCCAUGACAGAAAUCCUGUGAUGAAGAAGUUGGAUUGAAUCAGAUGCCAUUAGUUCCACUUCCGUAGGAGUUGAGGUUUCUUGGUGAACUAGCCUCAACUUGGUGUAAUUUAUACCUAAGCUUUACAAG